AUGGAUGAGUUGUUUGUAUUUAACUUUGACCAAAGUGACGCAAGCUGCUACUACAAACUGUGCUCCAACAUCACCCCCGACAGCGCUCGCAGCCUCCCCCACCUGCUGAAUCAUGAUGAGGAAGGAGAGGGAGAGACGGUGGAGGGAGAUCAGGUAGAACUGGAGCCGAUCCCUAUCCUCCAGCCACCGCCUGGCUUUGGAGACAGCAGUUCUGACGAGGAGUUCUUUGACGCCAGAGAUCGUUUCACCUCACCUGAAGACCCGACCUCGGGGGCUGUGCCAAGAGCUAUUGGCACAGGGAUGAAUGAUGGGAAACCAGAAGAGAACAGAAAAGGAGACGAGGAAGGAGGAGGCAGAGAAACGUUGUACCAGCUCAGAAAGAGAUCCUGUAAACGGCGUUCCUUCAUGGAAAGUGAUUACACUUCUAGGGUGUCAUAUCCAGAACCAGAUCCACAAUCUCAGCAUGAUCCGGUCUCCAACAGACUUCAUAAAAACCUCUUGGCAGGAGUCAGUGAUACCCAGAUGCUAAGUUCUGACCCUGAACCUUCGAAGCAAACCCGGAAUCCCAGUUCCACCGUCUCCUGUCUCACUCACUCUGAAGGGGAACCAGCCCUGCUCGAGUCAAAGCCUAUUUUGUCCAAACCCCUCCCCCACAAACCAGAUUCUCCUUCUAGAUUUGGGUAUCACGGGCAGGCGAGAGACCCACAGGCCUUCUCCAGGACCAGGAAGCAAGAAAUGGAGAUGGAACCUGACGCAAUGGAAUCCAAAUCAGUCACAGACCACUUGAAGACAGUGUCCCCUACCAUCACUGUCGUCCGGUGCAGAGUGGAUCCAGAUGGGAAGGAGAGUGCUGAUCGGAGGGUCACAGAAGUGGAGGGUAAGGGGGAAGAUGCAGGAGAAGAGGGUAAAGGGGGAGUGACAGAGUACUCGUCCAGCUCAAAAAGACCUCUUAUUGGUGCUGAAAGGCAACCAGAGGCCAACCCACCGCCUGAAUGUUUGACAGAUGGGAAGAAGAAGACGGCAAAAACACCAGAAGCUCAACUGAAAUGUCUUUAUCUAAUUCUGAAGAGAUGCCACUUAGUGAACAAAAUCACACCAACAAAGCACAAUUGCACUUAG